AUGAGCAGACUGGUUGUGAUGACGUCGGUGGUAGAGAUCGUGAUCGUCGUGGGCAAGGCCAAGGCUGCAGCCGGGUAUUACUGCCCGAGAAGCACGGUCACACUGCAAAAGCUGCUGAAGCAGCGAGGAUUGCUCAUUCGGUCGGUGGAUGUGGUAGCGAACGGACACCUGAAGUACGGGUUGAGGAGCCUAUUCGAGUCGUUGCUGUGGGCGUGGAUGCCACUGGUCGCGGGGAGAGAGGUGUUACAGCUCGUUCGGGUCGUGGUCGUGGUCGCGGUCGGAGCGCUGGACGCGGUCGCGGUGGUCGAUCUGGAUGUGGACGCGGCCAGGAGGUGGGGGAAGGCACGGUGGCGAGGAUCGCAGAGCAAAGUCAUGCUUCAGCCGAUGAGGCAAAUGCAAGUGGUCAAUGAGUACAAUGCGUACGCAAAGAUCAAGGGCAUCAACCUGGUACAUCCUGUGACAUUGGUGGAGCUGAUGAAGUUCAUUGGAAUUCUAUUUUUCAUGACGAUCACGGACAGAGAGCGCGCUGCGCCGUCGAGGGAGGAGCCUAACCUGUUCCCUGAACGCUCCUCCGGUCUCUACGAGCUGCGCGCGCUCACUGAGCCACGGUAUUCGCCGCCUCGUGGUGAGGACGUGCCUCUGGGCCCCGUCAUCUCCAACCCUUUGGACAAAGCUCAGUCCGAGCAGGUUGCAGCGCAGAUGGCUCUCAUGCGCUCCCAGCGCCCUGAGCUGCGGCCUCAGGUGAGCCCCAGCGCUGCUGAUUACGGCUUCCGGCCUCGCGACCCCGCUGAGGCGUGUCGCCUGGCGUUCCAGCAGGCCCUAGCGCUCCACGCCAUUGGGCCCGCGGCCCGUACUCCGGAGGAGCUCGCACUGCGUACGUCUCUGCGAAAGCGACUCCUUAUUCCACAGUCGACGAUUUCCGUGCCCGCCACGCGGACGUACCCGGUGGUACUUGGCCCGGGGGAAGACUCGAUCAAGUACGAUGUUCUGUUCGAGUUCUGGGCCGAGCACAGCCGGAAGCUCAGCUCCAUGGAAGCUCUCAGAGCCAGCUUCAGCGAAGUGGAUGUUCGCAUUGAAUGCAAGCUCCGCUUCGACUUUGUGAAGGUCCGAGCCAAGCGCAGCCUUGCGGCAAUCACCCAGCCGCAGACCCAGUUUAGCGCUGCGCGCUUCGCUCCUUCGAGCACUCCAGCCGCUCCUUCCCGCGAGGGAUUGAGCGCUGUAGCUCAGGGUCAGCCUAGGAGCAAUGUGGCUGACCAGCAGCUCCCCAGCUUAUUGCCGGAAAGCGCGGGACGGCCGGCAUGCCGGCCUUGA